GGGCCAUUCACCCAACUGAACAAAUCUUCUUUUUGACGCCCUAGGAACUUGGAAGGAGGUCUCGCCAUUCCUGCUGCUACGACAACGUCGCAAUCAAUCCCAAGAAACACCAAGCAAGCAAGAGAAAUCAAGAAAUCAUUUUCCUCUUGUUCGAUUUCUGGUUUUUCGUCAAUUUUUCUGAGCAGAAUAUAGAUUACGGCCAACCCUCUCUUCAUAUUGCACUAUUUUUGCGUAGAUCUGUACAAAUCCCUAACGAUUUUUGCCGUCACUUUAUUCCUGCCAUCACAGUAGAAACCCUCUCUAUUUUUGGGUCCUUUAGCUCUGUAUUAUACUCAGAAAUUUUAGAUUUUGGCAGAUUUAGGUUUAAACGCAAGCCAUUCUAGAAGCAUUUGUGGGCGUGGUUCCACUUUGCAAGAAACCCUAAAUUUGUAGUUUGUAGCAUCUUUGACAUUUUGUACAUUUUUUCUUAGAAAUUUCGGUGGGUUUUUUUCUUUUGAAUCGGCGGAAUGAACAAUAGAGCUAGGUAUCCACCUGGGAUUGGCGUAGGUCGGGGGGGAGGCAUGAACUCGAACCCUGCGUUUCAACCGCGACCCCCUCAGCAACAGUAUGUGCAAAGGCACUUAGUGCAGAACCAACAGCAGUAUCCGCAUCAGUAUCAACAGUACCAACAGCAACAUCAGCAGUUACAACAGCAGCAGCAGCAGCAACAACAACAAUGGCUUAGAAGAACGCAAUUGAUUGGUGCUGAUUCUAACGUAGUUGACGAGGUCGAGAAGACUGUGCAGUCUGAAGCCGUUGAUUCGAGUUCUCAAGAUUGGAAGGCAAGAUUGAAGAUACCACCACCUGAUACUCGCUAUAGGACUGAGGAUGUGACAGCAACUAAAGGAAAUGAAUUUGAAGAUUACUUUUUGAAGCGUGAGCUGCUUAUGGGAAUAUAUGAGAAGGGUUUUGAAAGGCCUUCUCCUAUCCAGGAAGAAAGUAUCCCAAUUGCUCUUACUGGUAGUGACAUUCUCGCUAGAGCAAAAAAUGGAACUGGAAAAACAGCUGCCUUUUGCGUUCCGGCACUAGAAAAAAUUGAUCAGGAUAACAAUGUUAUUCAAGUUGUUAUACUGGUCCCAACACGUGAAUUGGCUUUGCAAACGUCACAAGUGUGUAAAGAGCUCGGAAAGCAUCUGAGUAUUCAAGUCAUGGUUACGACGGGUGGUACCAGCCUGAAAGAUGAUAUCAUGCGUUUAUAUCAACCCGUUCAUUUACUUGUUGGAACUCCAGGAAGAAUAUUAGAUCUUGCAAAGAAGGGUGUCUGCGUUUUGAAAGACUGUAAUAUGCUUGUUAUGGAUGAGGCUGAUAAACUUUUGUCACCAGAGUUCCAACCUUCAAUAGAGCAAUUGAUUCAUUUCAUGCCUCCGAACCGUCAAAUCCUGAUGUUUUCAGCUACUUUUCCUGUUACUGUUAAGGACUUCAAAGAUAGAUAUCUUCAGAAACCUUAUAUCAUUAACCUUAUGGAUGAGUUAACUCUGAAAGGUAUUACACAAUUUUAUGCAUUUGUGGAAGAGAGACAGAAAGUCCACUGCCUCAAUACACUUUUCUCUAAGCUGCAAAUAAAUCAGUCAAUUAUCUUCUGCAAUUCGGUGAAUCGGGUUGAGCUCCUUGCCAAGAAAAUCACAGAACUUGGCUAUUCAUGCUUCUAUAUCCAUGCAAAGAUGUUGCAAGAUCAUCGAAACAGAGUGUUCCAUGACUUCCGCAAUGGUGCUUGUAGAAAUCUUGUUUGUACGGAUCUUUUUACCAGGGGAAUAGACAUUCAAGCAGUUAAUGUGGUCAUUAAUUUUGAUUUUCCCAAGAAUUCAGAAACUUAUCUGCACAGGGUUGGUCGUUCAGGGAGGUUUGGGCAUCUUGGUCUAGCAGUUAACUUGAUCACCUAUGAGGAUCGCUUUAAUUUAUAUAGGAUUGAGCAAGAACUUGGCACUGAAAUAAAGCAAAUUCCACCACACAUUGAUCAGGCAAUUUAUUGCCGGUGACUUGGAUAAUUAUCAGGGUUGUGUUCCCAACUGUGGUGAAUAGCAAUGGUUGAUGUGAGUGGCCAUUCAAGCGGGCGGGUAUGUGGCUCUGAAUCUGGAAGAUGGAACAAUGUGCAAUGAUCAUUGGGGUAUUGUUGGACCCCUUGCUGAAUGCUUUUUCGUUACUUUGUGGUUAAGAGCCCUGAAAAAUUUCUAGGACCUAUAUAUGUCGGGCCAAGUUUGGAAUUUCUAUGGUUACAUUUGCAAGUGUUUGUUUUCGACUGUCGCUGUAGUUUCUUUUGUACGAUCCUCUACGCCUUAUGUAUUGACCCUUCGUUAUCAUGCUAUUUGUUAGAUUGUAGACUGCUAGUGAUACAUCAUGUUAGCCUUGGCAUCUUCCUGCUUAUGUUGGGCCUUGGCAGUGAUCAUGUGCUUGAUGUGAUCGUUGCCACACUUGAAUGGGCUUUGCAAUCUUAGUUGCAUCGUGCAUGGUGUUGAGAGGACAAUUGUUGCAGAAAUUGUAUGCUAAUGGUGCUAGCAACUUUUUAUGUUAAUGUAUUGUGACAUUCGUCAUGUGGCUUUGCUUA